ACCUUUGAUAUUCCUGUUAAGUAGUUUCAAGUUUCCCACACUGAGCCAUGUCAAAAUUAUUCGUAUUUAGUCUUAUCCAAGCCAGCCCACGGCGGCUUGGUAAUCUCUUUGAUAACCUUGUCAGAGGGCGAGGCAUAAGCUUUUCCCUGGGCACGCUCCACAAACCUAGCACCAACUUCUCCCGCGAGCUGCAAAAGACCCUCGAUUCGGAGAGCAAUUUCAGGAAAAUUGAAAAGCUCUUCAAGUACCUCCGGCAGCACCGUAAAUGGUAUCGGGAAAAUGACUUGGUCGACCCUCAUUACUUCAACUAUUUACUCUUGGACCCUAGAGUUACGAAUGGGUUGAGGCAGCGCGCACGUAGCAUCCAUCAAAUGGAUGUUUGGCUCACUUUUCUCAAAGCCAUUUUCUACGUGGGCAAGGGCAAGGCCAGCCGUCCCUAUGUUCAUCUGAAAAAAGCCCAGAAAUUCCUGAAUGAAACCCAUAGCAUAACCCUGGCCAAGGAUCCCAAGCUGGCCUUGAUUGUGUCCAUUUGGCGGGCGGAACGUGGCAUCCUGCUGCUACGUGCUUUUCGCGGCAUCUCGUCAAAAGAUGCGCAAACACGUGAGGCGGCUAUUAUCGAUGCUCUGGGUAUGAAUCACCUGACCAAUCGCCGCCUGGGAGCCUAUUGUUCUGGUCCAGCGAGAAGCGAAUUCACACGAAGAGAGCAAAGGUACCUGGGAAUAGCUUUGCUCUACAAGCUGAUGCUGAAAUUUCUGGCAAGCGAGGAAAGAGAAAUUUAUCCCCUGCAAAAUAAAGCUGCCAUGGCAGCCUAAAUAUAUUUUUAAAUACAGAAAAA